AUGUUACAAGCUGUUGCUUUCUUCUCGCUUUUUCCUCGUUCUGCUUCUCUCCCCAGAGAACCACGAAAAACAAAACUGUUUUCUCCUGCUGCUAUUGGUCGUCGUGUCCGCCUCUGUGUGGCACCGCCACGUCGUUCUCGUGCUCGUCGUCUUCGUCCUGCGGGUGUCCGUCUUCGUCCUCCCUUGGCUCCUGCGUGGGCCCUCUUCUCCCUUGUCCUUUCCUGUUGUGGCUUCCCCUCGGAUGAAGGAGUCAGAAAAGCGAAAACGCUUUUCUGUCUCCAUCUCAACAUCCGAGGUGGAACGCCCAACUAA